UUAGGACAUAUCCUUCUUCGAUAACUCCUCGACCUCUCGAUUCAUAUUCUCGAUUUCGACUUCUUCCCCAUUAAACUUCUCAUCAUCAAAGACUCUUGUUGCCCAUGGCUCAGCGGUCGUACAACAACCAAGGCUACAUGCCUAAUGGCGCUCCGGCAAGCCACCCGAACCUCGGCCAGCCUGCUCCAGGCGCCGUACCCCUCCUGCCUAACCAAGGCCGAGUCAUCCAGUCGGGUCCUAUCCGAGUCCUCUGUAUAGCCGACGUACGAGGCAACCUACGAUCCCUGAACGAGCUCGCCAAGUCAGCACGAGCUGAUCACAUUAUUCAUACCGGAGAUUUUGGCUUUUACGACGACACAUCUUUAGAGCGUAUCGCAGAGAAAACGUUGAAACAUGUCGCUCAGUAUUCGCCAUUGAUCAAUGAAGAUGUCAAGAAGGCCAUCGGUCAAGGAGGGCCGGGCUCCGUCAAAGCGCGAUUCUCCCCGCAAGAACUACCUCUGUCUGAGCUUCCUUUGCUCAUCAGUGGUCAAGUCAAGCUCGAUGUACCGGUUUAUACCGUUUGGGGUGCCUGCGAGGACGUGCGCGUGCUGGAGAAGUUUCGAUCCGCCGAAUAUAAAGUCCACAACCUGCACAUCAUUGACGAGGCUCGAUCUAUGUUGUUGGAAAUUGGUGGCGUCAAAUUGCGACUCCUUGGCCUUGGUGGAGCGGUAGUCAUGCACAAGUUGUUUGAUAACGGCGAGGGUAGAACUACUAUCGCAGGUGGACAGGGCACUAUGUGGACUACUCUACUUCAGAUGGGCGAGCUGGUCGACACAGCUAACCGCGUUUACGACCCGACCGAAACUCGCAUUUUCAUCACGCACGCGUCUCCCGCUCGAGAGGGGAUCUUAAACCAGCUUUCAGUCAGCCUCAAGGCAGACUUUUCUAUCUCAGCAGGUCUUCACUUUCGAUAUGGUAGCUCUUACAAUGAGUUCAGCGUAAACCCUACCCUGGAUCACUAUCGUGGCAAACUCGCCGCCUCGAAGGCAUCGUUUAACGACGUUUGGGAAACCGUCAAGGGCGAGGUUGAGCCUGCAAUCCAGCAGAAUGAGGCCCAACAAAAUCUCCUUCGUAACGCCCUGGAACUUGUUGAAAAAAUGCCUCGGACUGCAGCUGGUGGGAACCCUUUUGGUGGUCCAGUUGGCGGUCCUGGUGCUCAGGGUCAGGUUGAUGAGAGUGCGUUCAAGAACAUGUGGAACUUCAACCUCGCAGACGCGGCCUUUGGUUGGUUGGUCCUAGAGAUACAAGACGGUCGCAUUGGAACGGAAAUGCGAGCUCAAGGUUUCAACUUUUCGCACCGCGGUGCCAAGCAACAGACGGUUCCUCAGAGCACACCGUCCCCAGCACCUGGCUUGCCCCAUGCGGCCCCCGUGGCUCCAGCGGCCCCCGCGGCCGCUUCUGGUCCGCAAAGAAAUCCUUCGCAGCCCACGAAGCCUGGAGUGGCGACUCCCCUACAGGCCCCCAAGCCCGCUACUCCCAAGCCGACAUCAUCGUCUCCAGCCCCUAGCGCGGUAGCUGGCAAGGAGAACGAGAAACCCAUAGGCACCAAUGGAUCAGCCCAUGGUCCGGAAUCUGCGCCGUCACCUGCGCCCAGACCCUCUGCAGAUAGCAUCAUCGGACUAUUCGUUAUGAAUGUCCAGAGUGACGACCAGACCCGAGAGAUUUUCCCUGAGGAGCACAAAGUGAAGAUCGCCAAGAUCGAGAAGUGGGGAAAUAAUAGCAACAACAAGGUUGUUCAUUUCCAGACUUUAGACGAGCGUGAUGGUGCUUAUUCCAGUCUCUCGGACGAUUUCAAGAUCCGCCAGUCCGAGGACCGAUCAAGACCCCUAGUCAAGAUAUUCCAGCCCCGCGAAUCCAAGCAAGCGUUCAGUGGUCGAGGCGCCGGAACCUGGGGUAGUGGACGUGGAAGAGACAACGCAAGUGGAUACCGUAGUGCCGGUGACCGUGGAACCCUUAGCGGCGGUGAGAGCGGUCCUGAGACUGGUCGCACGCGCGGAGGCCGCGGUGGACCUCGAGGAGGUCGUAGUGAGAGAGGCGGCCGAGGCGGCAGGGGUGGUCGUGGGGGCAUGAGCAAAGGUGAAGGUGGUACUGCUUCACCAGCUCCUACCGGCGACUCGUAAACGACUUGUCGACUAUCAGUACUUGCAUAUUACCUACAUUCUAUUAUUAAUGGCCUCGCGUGACAUUACGCGAACUUUACCUUGUAUUCUGGCAACUUUCCGCGAAGCAACUAUCUGUCGUUGAAACAGGUGGAGUUAAAGAGAAUCUGCCGGCCUGCGAAGGAAGUUUUGCUAAGGGGGAAAAAUAACUAGUGCCUUCGUCAUACUGAAAAGAACGAAGGAGGGAUUGGAGGCGGAAGGGGACGGG